GUUUGAAUUCAACCUAUUACCCGUUUUUUGGUCCUAUUUUGCCAAUCCUCAGUCUCUCCCACCGGCUUGCUGACAUCGAUACACUCCACUUGGAUCGUAACCAAUGCGCCUAGACACAGCAUGAUUAUUCAUUAAUUGCGGGGUAACAGCAUUUAUGGCAGAGGUUUACAAUCGAGAAAGAAAUGGCGACUCCAACAAACCCCCGAAAAUAAAGCUCUAUUACACUCCUGGCUCAUGCUCUUUCGCACCGCAUAUAUUACUCUUCGAGGCAGGUCUUAAUUUUGAACCGAUACUAGUUGAGCGAAGGAAUUCAUCUAAGACAAUACUUUCGAUCAACCCAAAGGGUCGAGUACCUGUAUUAGUCCUUGACAACGAACAUGUCAUCACCGAGGUUCCCGCCAUUCUAACCGCAAUCGCACUUCACGUUCCUGAGAGGAAGCUUCUGGGAUUGACAAUUCUCGAAACUGUCCGAGUAUACGAGUGGUUAAACUGGCUCUCCGGAACUUUACACGGCCAGGCAUUUGCAGGUUGGUGGCGAGCCGACCGAUUUAUCGAAGACCCUACCGACGAAGACAAAGAGAAGCUAAAGAGAAAGGCUUAUAAAACCAUUCAAGGUUGUUAUGAAAUGAUCGAGGCCAAGCUUUCAAAGUCGAAAUCACCUUUUUCAGUUGGAAGUUCUAUGACCGUUGUCGAUGCCUUUUUGGCAGUCUUCUACCGAUGGGGUUGUGGUCUAGGGUUUAAAAUGAGUGUUUAUGAAAAGUAUACGGAACUAUGGAACGCAUUGCUUGAGCGUCAAUCUGUCAUUCAAGCUCUGAAAUACCAAGAUUGA